AUCGAUUUCAAUAGUACAAUACUUAUAAAAUGAUUUGUUAGUUUCCUCAGUUCACACUAUGAAAAAUUGUGGUGCUUUGAUAUGAAUAAAUUGGUUUUACUAUUUACUCUCUUCCUGGAAUAUACUAUAACGUUAGGUGAUCGAUAUUAUAUUGAAGAAAAAUGGAAUCAGUUUCUGAAUAUGAACAACAAGAAAUACGAACCAUGGGACUCGAAAAAACGUUUCGAAAUAUUCACUAAGAACAUGCACAUGAUGGAAGCUCAUAACAAACGGUUCCUUCGGGGAAGUGAAUCGUUCAAGAUGGACAUAGGUCCUUUUUCGGACCAAACGGAGGAGGAGUUCAUGUUGAAAUUCGAAACUCACACCAGUCCUUUCAGAAGUUCCAUGGAGCAUGCGGAGUUCAAUUCGUUCGUCGAGAACCAUAACGAAAGGUUGCCGAAUCAAGUAGACUACAGAAACAAGAUGCAACCGGCUAAGGACCAGAAAAACUGCAAAGCGAGCUGGGCUUUCGCAGCUGUUGCCGUAGUCGAAGGUAUGUCGAAGCUGAGAUUCAAACAGGACAUAUCCCUCAGCGAACAGAAUCUGGUAGACUGCGCACUCGGCAACGAGUUCAUGUCAAACGGCUGCGAGGGUGGCUCCCCCUGGGGAGCCCUGCUCUACAUGAAGUUACACGGGAUCGACACGUCGCAAAACUACCCUUACACCGGCGUUCACUCGAGGUGCAGGUCGAUAUCGAACUCGAGCGUGCACCUGAAAUCCCCCCAUCUGAUGCAUCUCAGCGAAUACGACCUGAUGAGGACAGUUGGCGCCACUGGUCCGGUCGCUACGACGAUAGAGGUGACACCUACCCUCAUGCACUACAAGAGUGGCAUCGUCUUCGACCGCAAGUGCGUCGGCAAGACUACCAACCACGCCGUAACAAUUGUCGGUUACGGUGUACAAGACGGUUUCCAAUAUUGGCUGGUGAGGAACUCGUGGGGUCACAAUUGGGGAGAUCAGGGUUACUUCAAGAUGGCGCGAAACUAUGGGAAUAAUUGUCAGAUCGGUAUAUCGGCGUUUUUCGCGGAUGUUUCUCAAUGAAUGAACCUAAUGUGACGAAGCUGUUCAUGAAUAAAUUAAUCGAAAUGUUUA